GCCUCCAGUAACGAUAAUACUACAACGACAGUCGCAUCUCGGAGUUGUAUCUGAAAGCAGCGUCUUAUUAAUAUCUUCUCUUGUAUGUCGUCGUGUUACGAACUUAUGAUUAUAAAACAUUUUAGGACAUGUGGACAUGUGUUUUGAUGUUAUUCAUUAAGCUGCGUGUAUAACCUACUAGAAGACUGCAAAGUAAAUUAAAUAAGUAAAAAUGUUCAAUUUUUACAUUGAACAUCCGCGCUCGUUAGUAAAAUGUAUCGUGUUAAUCUACGUAUCAGUAUUAGUAACCGGAGAGAUUGCACCUCCACCACCAAGGCACUUCACCAACGGUGACCACGACAAUGCAUUACAACCUGUGACUCCUGGAGGCCCAAACGUAUGUCGCUCGAAAUACAGAUCAUAUUGCUGUGCCGGAUGGUCACGACAUCCUGUCUCGGGAUUAUGUAUUACACCAAUAUGUAGUCGAUCUUGCGGACCUUCCGGACGAUGCAUACAGCCUAAUAUGUGUCUUUGCGGGGGAGGUAUCAGGUCACCAGCUUGCGGUCCAGGUAUAAAGAACGGUGAAAACGGAAAUGGUACAUCGUGUCGAUUUAUGUGUAUGAAUGGGGGAACUUGUACUGAGGGAAAAUGUGUUUGCGCACCAGGCUACACAGGGGAAUACUGUAAUGAACCGAUAUGUCUUGAACCGUGCAAAAAUGGCGGGCGCUGUAUUGGUCCCGAUCGUUGCGCCUGCGUUUAUGGAUUUACAGGCAACCAUUGUGAAAUAGAUUACAGGACUGGGCCUUGUUAUGGCGGAGUGAGGGGUAGUCUCUGUGUUAACCAACUCGACGGCGUUGUAUGUACGAAGACCCUAUGCUGUGCUAGUAUUGGAAAAGCGUGGGGUCAUCCUUGUGAACAUUGCCCCAGUAAAUUAGAUUGCGAAGUCGGCUUUAUUAAAAAUCAAAAAAGCAAGGAAUGCGUUGACAUAAAUGAGUGUGAGGCAAUUCCGUACCUCUGUUCUGGGGGAUUAUGUGUAAAUACUGUGGGUUCCUUCACGUGUGAUUGCCCACCGGGACAAGCGCGUAAUCCUGGCACGAAUAAAUGUGAUGACCGAGACGAAUGUCUAGACGAGGGGAUUUGCAAGGACGGGCGCUGUGUUAACACGAUGGGAGGAUACUAUUGUCUAUGUAAUCCUGGAUUUAUUCAAAGUCAAGACAGAACCUACUGCAUUGAUGGAAGGCAAGGAAAUUGUUUCACCAGUAGGAGCCCUUCGGGAUUGUGUAAAAACUCACUCCCAAUGCGCCUUUCCAAAAAAGACUGCUGUUGUGGAGUUAACAUGGGACAAGGAUGGGGUGAUAAUUGUACUAGGUGUCCUUUACACGGAGAAGAGGAGCACAGAUUACUUUGUAGCGGAAAAUCGCCGGGCCCCCCGACAAUCCAGGAACCUCCCCAAGAUGGUAAAGGUGAUGGUUCCCAUCCUUCUGCCGGUCUCACAUUAGUAAAUGAAUGCGUACUAAGACCCGAUAUUUGCGGAGAAGGGCAGUGUAUAGAUACUGUUGACGGAUAUGAAUGUAUUUGCAAACCUGGGUUCAAAAAAGGGAGAUCGCGUGCUUGUGAAGACAUAAAUGAAUGUAAUGAGGGAAAGUGUCAAAAUGGUCAUUGUACAAACACCCCCGGAAGUUUUAUAUGCCUUUGUCCUCCCGGAUUUGAUGUCUCCCCUGAUGGAACAACCUGCACAGAUCACGAUGAAUGUCGUGAGAUAGGAAUGUGCACUAAUGGUCUCUGUAUUAAUAUGGAUGGCAGUUUUAAAUGUCAUUGCAAACCUGGUUUUAAAUUGUCUCCGACGGGUUACGCUUGUGUGGACAUUGAUGAAUGUUACGAAAAUCCACGCAUUUGCCUGAAUGGAAGGUGUAGUAACACUCCCGGUUCUUACACUUGCGAUUGUCUACCAGGAUUUGUGGAAUCUGGUGAUAGAACGUUUUGCAUUGACUUGGAUGAAUGCUCUAACACCGGAAUGUGUAGCCAUGGAAAAUGUGUUAAUAUAGAAGGCUCAUUUAGAUGUGUUUGCGAUUCCGGGUUUAGAUUGGGUUCUGAUGGUAGACACUGCAUGGACAUAGAUGAAUGCAUUCACAACCCUUGCCAACAUGGAAAUUGCUACAACACGCAAGGGAGUUUCAGAUGUGAAUGUCAUCCCGGUUUUAACUUGGGACCAGACGGUCGGUCGUGCCUAGAUACAAGGCGAGAUUUGUGCUACCAAAUGUAUCGUGAUGGAUUGUGCUUCAACCCUUCCACGGCAGCUGUAACCAAAUCAAGUUGUUGCUGUUGUACCAUAGUUACUGGACAGCCAAUGGGUUGGGGAACCACCUGUCAACCAUGCCCCAUGCCCGGAACAACAGACUUUGACACUUUGUGUCCCCAUGGUCCAGGUUCUACAUUUGACGGAAACGAUAUAAACGAAUGCGCUCUUAAUCCAAAUAUCUGCCAGGACGGAGCGUGCGAGAACUUAAUCGGAACCUAUAGAUGCAUUUGUAAUCCCGGCUUUGAGGUAGAUGCCAGUGGGAAACUAUGCAUUGAUAUCAACGAGUGCGAUGUAGAGGACUUGGCAUGCAGCGGAGGACAGUGUCGAAAUGUUCCAGGAAGUUUCCAAUGUAUUUGCCCUACAGGGACACAACUAAAUCCAACCAACUACGUUUGCGAAGAUAUUGACGAAUGUCGCGAGCUCGGUCCUGAAGCAUGUUUCAAUGGCGAAUGCAUUAACACAUUCGGUUCAUACAAGUGUGAAUGUGAUCCAGGAUCAGUUUUGGACAAUACGGGGCGGAUCUGCAUAGACAACCGGAAGGGAUCUUGUUGGACACGAUUGGUCAACGGUCGUUGCGAGAACAACCUGCCUCAUUUAAGUCGCCGUUCUGAAUGUUGCUGUUCAGUUGGUGUCGCUUGGGGUUCCCCUUGUGAACGGUGCAAUACCAACGAAUGUGACUGUCCUAAGGGAUACGCCAAGGUAGAUGGAAAGGCUUGUGCUGACAUAAACGAAUGUGAAUUAAAUCCUGAUAUUUGCCGAGGCGGUGGUAUAUGUGUUAAUACCGAAGGUAGUUUCACGUGCAACUGUCCUCCUGGAUUAACUCUUGACGAAACACGAACACAAUGUCUGGAUGUAAGAAUCGAGCAAUGUUUUACCAAGUACAAACAUGGCAAAUGCGUGCAUCCCAUUGAUGGACUGUUUCAUAAGGAUUUAUGUUGCUGCUCAGGUCUUGCCAAAGCGUGGGGUACUCGAUGUGAGGCUUGCCCAAAACAGGGAUCUGCAGCUCAUACAGAACUCUGUCCGAGAGGGCCAGGAUUUUUAGAUCGGAAAGAUAUUAAUGAAUGUACCGAAUUCCCUGGCAUAUGCUUGAACGGUAGGUGCCAGAAUACUAUCGGGGGAUACAGUUGUAGAUGCAAUAAAGGAUACGAUUUUGAUGAAAAUAAAAUUCAAUGCGUUGAUAUUGAUGAAUGUACCAUUACUACUAAUAAUGUAUGUGGAAAUGGCGUAUGCCGCAACACACCUGGUGACUUUGUUUGCGAUUGUAAUGAAGGAUUCCGCACGAUGGCACCGAUGCAAGUGUGCAUGGACAUAAAUGAGUGCGAAGAAAUUCCCGGUCUGUGUAGGGGCGGUCAUUGCAUUAAUACCGAGGGAUCCUAUAAAUGUGAAUGCCCACCUGGUCAUGAGCUGGCAUCCGACCAGAAAUCUUGUAAAGAUAUCGACGAGUGUUCUAGAACUAGCGGUAUUUGCUCUAAUGGUGUUUGUGAAAAUAUGAUGGGAACGUAUCAAUGUGUCUGUAACGAUGGGUAUCAGCAAACGGGCUUAAAGUCACAUUGCGAAGAUAUUGACGAAUGUGAGGAUGAACCCUGUGACGAUUACUGCGUAAACAGUCCUGGCAGCUAUUCUUGUUCUUGUGGAUCUGGAUACACGCUAAUGUUGGACGGCCGCACCUGCAACGAUAUCAACGAAUGUGCAGACAAUCCGCGAAUUUGUAGCGGAGGAAACUGUACAAAUACCCAUGGAGGAUUCACGUGUCUAUGUACGAAAGGUUUAAUUGCUGGACCUGGCAACAACUCGUGCUUGGACAUUGACGAAUGUAGACAGAACCCGAAUAUUUGUGGUAAUGGGGAAUGUAUUAACACCUUGGGAUCCUUCCAGUGUAGGUGUGAGGAAGGGUAUUCCGUCAAACCUGGGGAAGAACAUGUUUGCUCAGACGAAGAUGAAUGCUAUCUGGGCAUAUACACUUGCGAUGUAAACGCCGAUUGCAUUAAUAAUCCAGGAUCGUACCAAUGCCGAUGUCAAGAUGGUUUCACAGGGAAUGGUGUUAGCUGUAGAGAUAUUAAUGAAUGUCUUACAAAUAAUGGCGGUUGUAAUCAAAACGCGCAGUGCAUCAACACUGAUGGUUCCUUCAAGUGCGUCUGUGACACUGGUUUCAAAGGAGAUGGUUAUGAAUGUUCUGAUAUCGAUGAAUGUUCAAAUGAUCCAACGCUUUGUGAAAAUGGACAAUGUUUAAAUUAUCCUGGCGCGUUUAGGUGCGAGUGUGACAUGGGAUUUAUGCAUCCAGAUGAGCAUAAGGACCAAGCAUGUGUCGACAUCGACGAAUGUCAAAUGUUUAACAAUUUAUGUGUUCACGGAACUUGCGAGAACGUUUUCGGAAUGUUCAGAUGCGAGUGCCGUGAUGGAUUUAAACUGGAUAGCUCCGGUGGUAACUGUACUGACGUAGACGAAUGCGAUAGCCCGCAAUCAUGCGUAUACGGCUCAUGCCAGAACGAAGAGGGCACUUAUAGAUGCAUUUGUCCACCCAAUUAUGAUAUGAUUUCGGAAGGAAAUGCGUGCAUUGAUCGAAGAACUUCAAGAUGUUUUCUUGAAAUUGAUAAUCAAGGUAUAUGCCAGUUGCCUACGGCGGAUUACGUAACGAAAGCUUCUUGUUGCUGCUCGGUUGGUAAAGCAUGGGGUCCCCAUUGUGAACUGUGCCCUAUUCCUGGAAGUCCAGAGUACGAUGAAAUAUGUCCGGGAGGUUUAGGUUAUAAACCAAACGAAAUCACUGUGGUUCUAGAGGACAUUAACGAGUGUGAAGAACACGAAAAUAUUUGUAGAAAUGGUCAUUGUACAAACACUUUUGGCAGCUUUAUGUGUUCUUGCAACGAAGGUUUUCAUUUAGAUCAAUCAGGAGUAGAAUGCAUUGACGUGGAUGAGUGCGUUGAAAAUCCAGGAAUUUGCAAUGUUGGACGUUGCAUAAACGAACAUGGACGCUAUUUCUGCGAGUGUCCUGAAGGAUAUAUGCCGUUACCUGGAGGAAGGGAGUGCGUUGAUAUGAGAAGAGAUGUAUGCUUCCUCAACUACAGCAGGUGGACAUGUUCGCUGCCAAUGACUCAAAAUCAAACGAAAAAGCUGUGCUGUUGUUCAAUGGGUCAAGCAUGGGGUCAGCCGUGUGAACCAUGUCCGAUUCAAGGCACCAGUGAAUACAUUACAUUAUGCGGUGUGCGACCUGGCCAGAUUAUCAACCCAAUGACAAACCAAAGUGAAGGAAUUGAUGAGUGUCAACUCAUGCCUACAAUGUGCACACAUGGCGUCUGUGUGAACACGCCCGGAAGUUUCGAAUGCCAGUGCAAUCGCGGUUUUAUAUACGACAUCAAUUCGCACCAAUGUAUAGACGAAAAUGAAUGCCUGCGCCAACCAAAUCCGUGUGAAGGAAAUGCUCAAUGUGUAAACCUACAAGGCAGCUUCGAAUGCAGAUGUCCAGAAGGAUAUAAACAUGGUUCCAGCUUUAUGGAUUGUGUUGAUAUAGAUGAAUGUAUCGAGCAUCCGAAUAUUUGCAACAAUGGAGAUUGUAAGAAUCUACAGGGCAGCUUCCAGUGCAUAUGCCACGUUGGUUAUUUACUCACACCUUCAAGAGAUAACUGUCUAGAUAUUGACGAGUGCGUUAGACAUCCCAACAUUUGUAACAAUGGCACUUGUUUGAAUGUGGUCGGUACUUACAAGUGUCAUUGCAACCCCGGUUUCAAGCUAAGUCACACCAACGAUUGCGUCGACAUAGACGAAUGUCAUAUGAUGCCAUUUUUAUGUCGAAAUGGACGAUGCCGAAACACUAUCGGAUCAUUUGCUUGUGAAUGUGCUUCCGGAUAUACAUUAACGGCGGAUCAUCAUAAUUGUCGCGAUGUGGACGAGUGUCACGAAGUGCCCGGUACAUGCCCAUCACCUGGACAAUGCCUAAAUAUUAUGGGUUCAUUUGUAUGCACUUGCCCAGAAGGUUAUGAACUCAGCCAGGUUACCAAUAGAUGCGAAGAUAUUGACGAAUGCCAAACAAAUCCGGGUAUUUGCGAGAAUGGUGUAUGUACGAAUACGGAUGGUGGCGCCUUUUGUACAUGUCCCAGUGGUUUCAUUUUGGACCCUAAGAUAAUGUCGUGCGUGGAUAUUCGACAGGAACAAUGCUACGACGAUUUCUCGAGAAACCAAUGUGCCGCCCCUCGCGGUUUUCAGAUUACCAUGAAGGAAUGCUGUUGUUCACGUGGAGCUGCAUGGGGUCGGUACUGCCAACAGUGUCCUAAAGAAGGCACAGAUGAUUUCUCGAAAUUAUGUCCUGAAGGACCAGGGCGAAUGGAUUCCGGAAACGAUCUCAACGAAUGUGAAUUAAUGGCGAAUGUUUGCGAAGGAGGAGACUGUAUAAAUACAGACGGUUCAUUCCGAUGCGAAUGCCCAAUGGGGUAUGCCUUAGAUUCGACCGGUAGAAAGUGUGUCGAUGAUAACGAGUGUGUCACGACACAAAAUGUUUGUGGCAAUGGUACAUGUAACAACGUAAUUGGAGGUUUUGAGUGUUCCUGCGAUGACGGAUUUGCACCGGGUCCUAUGCAGGUAUGUGAAGAUGUUAAUGAGUGCCUCGAACUGGGCAACCAGUGUGCGUUUAGAUGUCAUAACGUUCUUGGAUCGUUCAGGUGCAUUUGUCCAUACGGUUAUGCUUUAGCUCCAGAUGGUCGUCAUUGUCAAGAUGUUAACGAAUGUUUGACACCGGCCAAUAACUGCAAAUUCGAAUGCAAGAACUUAAUUGGAUCUUUCAUGUGCAUCUGUCCGGAAGGAUACACGCAAGUAGGUUUAACAGAUGAUUGCCAAGACAUCAACGAGUGCGCAGUAAAUCCGGGAAUAUGCCAGAACGGACACUGCUUCAACCUGUUGGGAUCGUACAGGUGCGAUUGCUUCGAAGGAUACGAGGCAUCACAAGAUCGAAAAUCCUGCAUCGACAAAAGGCAAGGUUUCUGCUUUAGACAAUUAAUUCAAGGUCGCUGCACCGCGCAGAAUUUGGAAAUGAAUCGCGUAACGAAAGCUGAUUGCUGUUGUUCAAUGGGAGAAGCGUGGGGUCCGCGAUGUGAAAUGUGCCCGCCGAAAUAUUCACCUCAGUAUCAAGAGCUUUGCUUAGAUAGUGGAUUUACUGUUGAUGGCUCAGAUGUGGAUGAGUGUACAACAAUUCCGGACCUAUGCAGAAAUGGUCGCUGUAUUAAUACGCUUGGAUCGUAUAGAUGCAUGUGUCACAAGGGCUUCAAGGUUGAUCCCAGUGGAAUUUAUUGUAGAGACGUCAACGAAUGUCAAUUGAUUCCUUCUCCUUGUAAACAUAUUUGUCACAAUACCGAGGGUAGUUACGUCUGCGCUUGUCCGCCAGGAUUCCUACUAAAUCCCGAUGGUGUGUCUUGUCGCGACCUUGAUGAAUGUAGCACUGGGCAGCAUAUGUGUCAGCAUAUCUGUAUUAACACGCAUGGCAGUUACACGUGCUCGUGUCCAAAGGGAUACAACCAAGUUGGGGAUGAUUGCGAAGAUAUAAACGAAUGCGAAGAGUUAGGAGUUUGUCCAAAACCGGGCCGUUGUGUAAAUACUUUAGGUAGCUUUAGAUGUGUGUGUCCGAGAGGUUUCCAACUGGAUCCUACUGGAACUUAUUGUGUCGACUCCGAUGAAUGUUUGGAUGAUACAAAAUGCCCAGAGGGCUGCCAAAAUCUUAUUGGAGGAUACCGCUGUGGUUGCCCUGAUGGAUAUUCCUUGCAUAAUUACUAUAAUCAAUGUGUUGAUGACAACGAAUGUCUGAAUACUCCGUGCGGCGAUGGAGGCAAUUGCUUUAAUACUCCUGGAAGCUACAGAUGUGGUUGUCCAGAUGGGUAUCAAUUUGAUUCCAAACUCAAUAUAUGCCUUCAAGUCAGUUCUGGGUGCGUUGGAGCUCCUUGUGCUUUCGGAUGCACAUCGUAUGGAGGUAUGUAUUCGUGCGACUGUCCACAAGGCUAUCAACGUAUUGGACAAGGCCAUUGCUUAUCAACAAUAUCGCCAUCUUCCUCCAAUUACGCUCCCGAUUUCGGAAAUGUACCAACCUAUGCUAUAGGCGGUGAUAGGACAUCUGACGACAAAAUUAUAACUGGUGAAGGAUGUUUCUCAUGCAAGAUAAACGGUAGGCAUCGCCGGCAUUCGACACAGAGGAGCAAUUCAACUAGUGGCGAGGAAGUACUGCGUAGGAUUUUGAAGAGAUCUACGGGCCACGUUAGAGCAAGGAGGCAUCAUCAUGGUGAAGAACUGUUGCUGAAUAUUCACCUACAGCAAACUAAACAUAAGAUGCGGAUUUUAAAACUUCAACCUGCCGUGAAGAGCGACGUAGAAUAUUCCAUAGCGAAGGGAAAUGACAGAAACAAGUUCCAAUUAGUCAAGAAAUACGGCGUAUGGGCAUUGCAUUUCAAGAGAAGACUAAAACAUACAGGAAACUUUGACCUUACAAUACACGGCAAACCUACAAGCACAGAAGAGUACGAAAAUUCGAUAUUCGAAAAACCGCUAACGUUACGAUUAAAAUUAAACGUCUUGGAAUAGCGUUAAUAGUAUUUAGUUAGUAAUUGUAAUUAAAUUAAGUAAUUUAAUAAUUUUUAUCUUUGUAUUUUCUCAUUGUUACUGCCUUACAAAGUGAGCUGCAAAUGUUAAUAUAUGGGACUGCAAUAUGUUAUGCUUAAUGGUACUGCCUACAAAAUGUAUUUAUAUUUACAUUAAGACGAUUUUAAUUAAAUUUCAGCCGUAGUUUUCGCUGAUAUGUGAUUUUAGAAUGUAAUGUUUUGAUUUGUUUAUAUUAAAGUUUAAUACAUCUAAACAUUUAUAAACAUUAGAAUCAAAUUGUAAAUCUAAUAGAAACUUGUUAUUGUUAAUUUAAAGGUGUCUGUUAUAAAUGCAUUUUAUUAUUUUUAUGCUGCCAUCACGUUCACUGCCAAUCUAUUAUUUAUUAUGCGAAGUAAAAUAAUCAUUCUAUCAUAUUUGUCUAUUAUUGUAAAUAAAAAAGUUAUAAUAAAAAUUCUAUUUUCAUACGACCAGUUAAAUAACAAAAUUAUUGUGUAAAGUACGCCAUGCU